UUCUUAGGGUCUGUGCUCCAAUUUCGACAUAGCCCAAUUUCAUGGUGAGCCCCUUUAUGCAUGGCAUGUUUUGAAGGGUUUGCUCGACGGUAGACACUCGCCCUGAUGCGAUGAUAUCAAAUAUCCGUCCGGUGGCUUUUCCAGGCCUUUGAAUUCCGCCCACACUUUCCGUAGCCUUAUCUUCACCAUUUCUUAUCAGUGAGUUUAAUUUUAUAAUCCUUCUCUUUCAUUUACUCGUUUUUCCGUUCUUGUUCUAUUUUGUGUUUUGCUUUUAGUAGAAAUUUCCUCGAAGUUUUGAGAAGAUAAGUGCUAGGGAGCAGCCAUAGUUUAACACGCUGCGUGGGAUGAAGUGGAUUGUCCUUUGACCAGAUAAAACGGAAUUUAAAAUGAAUUUAUAUUUCUCUUCCCCUGACCGACGUCCCACAGUACUUCCAGCUUCCACCAUCCACAAUAUUGCCGCCGACGAAGACUGGGGAUGUUUUUUUCAGCUUCAGUGUUAAUUUAAUCAAUUUCGUUCACUACUGAGCAUGCUCUCCCGAUUGUAUUUUCUUGAAGAAAAAAUUGAGAGGGAGAGGGGGAGAGAGAGAGACAGAGGGAGUCGUGUAACGUUUUUGUCUUCAUUGGAUAGUUUGGGUACUUCGAAGGGGAAUUCAAAAGUUUUCCUCUUUCAAACGCAUGAUACGGAGCUUUUUCCUGGGUUAUUGCUUGCCCUUUAGAACUUGUUUUUAUUAUCUUAGACAGCUGCGCACAUCCUUCUACCAAUUUUCACCGCUCACUAAGACCUGAAAGGAAAAAGAAGAGACUACGUAGAAACUUCGGCUAUUCAAGCGCUACGUCGCCCAAUCCGAUCAGCAACCCAACCACUGAGAAGUGAUCCAACAAAGGCACCACCAUUACGGGUACUCACAGCCAGACCUUCCCUUAAAAUAAUUGACAAAACCUCUUAAAUAAGAGAGCUAGAUGCAGAAAACUCAAACAAAAGAUUAGAGCAAGGAAGAGCAACAGAGAGGAAGCAAAAUUAGGUCACAGGAAGGGGGAAGGAGGUCACGGGAAUAGGAUUUUUGCAGGUUGAGAAACCUCCUGGUUCAGUUCUCUGAUCUGAUUCUUAUCUUAAGUGAUUUCUUUGUUACAGAAGUAUAAGGACGUAAUAUGGGUAUCCAGAUGCAAUCCAUCUUCUGUCCAAAGUUACUUUCACUAUCAUCCAUUCGUGUUGUCACUUCUUUCCUCUUGUGUCCAAAUUGUCUCACCGGUCAUUUGAAAUACAAGUUCUUUAGUUCCUCAAAUUAUUCGAUGAGAAAUAAGGUUGUCAAAGAAGUUAGUUUAAGAGCAGUUGCCAAUAAGAGAUUGAUUACCGAGUGUCCAAAUGGUCCUGAAAAUGGAAAGGAGCUAUCUGGUGAGCUAUACAACCAGAUAAUAUGUGCUUGUUGCAGAGCAGGAGAUAUUGAUAGGGCUAUGGCUCUUCUUUCUCAAAUGGAGGCUCUGGGCUUUCAUCCAAACUUGAUAUCCUACACUCGUUUAAUUGAAGCUCUUGGAAAUAUUGGUCGGACUUCAGAAGCUGAAGCAGUAUUUCAAGAAAUUGUAUGUUAUGGGUUUAAACCAAGAGUGAAAAUGUACAAUGUUUUGCUUAGAAUUUUCUUAAAGAAGGGCCUCCUAGGAGUUGCUGUUAAGGUAUUAGACAAAAUGGACAAUUUGGGUAUUGAAAGGAAUCAAGAAACAUAUGAGGUUCUUGUGGCUUACUAUGUAAAUGCUGGGCGGUUGGAAGAUACCUGGGCAAUAAUUAAUGAAAUGAAGCGCAGGAGGUUUCAACUGAGCUCAUUUGUGUAUAGCAAGGUUAUUAGUCUUUACAGGGAUAAUGGGAUGUGGAAGAAAGCAGUGGGCAUUAUGGAAGAGAUUAGGGAGAUGGGGAUGUCAUUAGAUAAGCAGAUAUGUAAUAGCAUUAUAGAUACCUUUGGGAAAUAUGGUGAGUUAGAUGAAGCGUUGGAAGUUUUUGAGAAAAUGCAACAAGAAGGUGUAAGACCUGAUAUAACAACAUGGAACUCUUUAAUUCGUUGGCAUUGUAAGGCUGGGGAUCUACCUAAGGCCCUUGAGUUUUUCACUGAAAUGCAAGAACAGGGGCUAUAUCCUGAUCCAAAGGUCUUCCUUAGGAUUAUUAGCUGCUUGGGAGAGCAGGGAAAGUGGGAUGUGAUGAAGAAGAUUUUUGAGACAAUGAAAUACAGAGGACACAAAAAAAGUGGUGCCAUUUAUGCAGUUUUAGUUGAUAUUUAUGGGCAAUAUGGGAGAUUUCAAGAAGCUGAGCAGUGCAUAUCUGCUCUGAAGUCGGAAGGUGUUCAACUUUCUGCAAGCGUGUUUUGUAUCUUAGCAAAUGCUUAUGCUCAGCAGGGAUUAUGUGAACAGACGCUAAAGGUGCUUGAAGUCAUGGAAGCGGAGGGAAUUGAGCCAAAUAUGAUAAUGCUGAAUGUGUUGAUCAAUGCAUUUGGUGUUGCUGGGAGACACAUGGAGGCAUUAUCCAUUUAUGAUUAUAUGAGAGAAAGUGGUAUUAAUCCUGAUGUCAUUACUUAUAGUACGCUUAUGAAGGCAUGCAUUAGAGCAAGGAAAUUUGACGAGGUUCCUGAAAUAUACAAGGAAAUGGAAUAUGCUGGAUGUACUCCGGAUAGGAAGGCUAGAGAGAUGUUACAAGCUGCUCUAAUGGUCCUUGAACAGAGACACUACACGUACUAGAUCAGUCUGGAAUUUAGGGUGGUUCAUUGUGCUGAUGUUUGGUAAGUUGUGGAUAACUAUGAUAAUCGAGAUGGCAAGGGAUACUCCUUGUAAUCAUAAUCCUUGCGCAAAAGGAAUAAAUAUUGCCUGAGCUGAGGUGAGCUCUUCUCUUGUCCCUCUAACUGUAGAGGUUGCAUGUCAUAGAUAUGCUAUUCGUUCAUGAUACGUUUGGCUUUUCUAUUAUGUGUUUUAACUUGCAGUUAUUGUGACUUUGUGUACCUGCAUGGCCCUGCUUUUACAUUUUCCCCUCAAACUUUCAUUAUAUUUCUUCAGAUGGACUGGGGGUUUUGACGCUUGGUACGGUAAACUUCAAAUAUUGACUCUGGGAGAUCAAGGCUUUUUGCACAGUUGGGCUUGUUCUGAAUCUCUUUCUUAGUAGCGGAAACAACUGGCAAAGGAUGCUCCAGGCAGCAGCAGGAAUUUUUGAGGCGGAAGGUCUUUGGAUGAAUUGUUCCAUCUCUGGAGUUAUCAUAUUUGCCGGCGGUCAAGGGCCUUCUCUCGACCAUCCAUAUAUCACCUUGCAAUUUUUAGUCAGAAACCUUGGGGCUUAAGCCAACACCAUUGUUCUUUUUUUUUUUUUUGGCCCCUGCAGAAUUAGAGUAUGAGAACUAUUAUGAUGCAUAUGCAUGGUCAUAUAUGUUUGUCUGCGAUUAUAUGGGGCAAAUUUGCAGACACAGUGCAGAUUGAAAUGUUAGAUGGUCUAGAUUGAUUAUUUCAAAAACAGAGAAUUGGGAGUGUCCAAAAGAUCAGAUUGAGGAGGUGAGUGAUAGACUAGCGCAUGUUCUAGGCUAUAAACUGUUUUCAAGUUUUCAAUUGAAGAGCUAUAAAUAAUGUUGGAUAUGAUCCAUAGGAAA